AUGGGCAUCGAUGUCGUGGGAGAUGGGGAAGAGGACACCCACUGGCUGCGAGGACUUCGCAGCAGGCGCCUCUCGCAACCCGACUCUGCCGGCUCGGCCGAGGAGGCCGAGGGGUCCUCGUCCUCCCCCGACCUGGAGAUCCUCCGGGCACGUCAGCAGCGGCUGAGGGAGCUGAAGGCCGGCUUGGCGCAGGAGGAGGAGGAGGAAGAGGAGGAGCUGGAGGGUGAGGAGGAUACGGAGGAAGAGGAGGAAGUUGAAGACGCCUCCGACUCGCCGGAGUCGCGGAGCGGCCCGUCGCAGGCAUCUGUGGGCCAGGUGAACUCGGGCUCGGGCUCAGCCCCUGUUGGGGUGCUCGUGCGGUGCCGGCCCUUGUUGAAGGAGGGAACUCGCAUCAAGCUCUCUGCCAGCUCAGCGAAGAGCGGCAAGGUGAUGCUUCGGCUCCAGCCUGAAGAACAGAGCAGGAGCAGGCACUCCGAACCCAAGGUGUUCCGCUGCAACGGCUUCAUCAGCGAAGAAGGGACGCAAGCGGAUGUCUUCGAGCACGUUGCUCCCGUGGUGGACAGGGUCAUGGAAGGCUACAACGGUGUUGUGUUCUGCUACGGAAUCACAGGAUCGGGCAAAACUCACACGAUGAGUGGCCCGCCGAAGGAGCCCUUGGCGAAGCAAGUCAAGGAUCCGGCACCCCCAGAAGUGAUCGCUGCACAGCAGGGGAUCGUCCAGCGCGCCGCCAAGCGGAUCUUCGAGUUCAUCCGGGACAGGAGUGCACUGGGUGAGAUUUUCACCGUCGAGGCGUCCUUCUUGGAGAUCUACUCUCCCGAUGGGGUGCGGGAGAACUUGAUCGACCUCUUGGCAAGCAAAGCCGACGAGGCCAAGCUGGAGGUCAAGCAGGAUGCGCUGGUCGGCCACAAGGCCUUCAUGUGCGAGGGCCUGAAGUCGGUCCCCAUCCGCUCUCCCGACGAAAUGCGCCAGGUUCUGGAAGGCGGCCGCCGCCGGUGCACCUAUAUGGAAACCUCCAGGAACUGCGUCUCUUCGAGGCCCUGGAAGAGACGGGAGCGCGUGUCUGCGCAGAUGAUCGAUGAGUUGGGUUUAGGGUUUAGGGUUUAG